UACGCAGAUCAAAGUUCAUGAUUUCUCAGCAGCACUUUCUCCUCAUAAUUUGUUCUUCAUCUUUCAGCGCGUGUUUGAGAGUUUCUGCUCGGAAAAUCGUUGGGGAUAUAUUUAAAAAUAAAACCGCUUAUCGCUCUGGUCAAGUGAGACGAAUAUUAUCUGAUUAAUAUCAAAUUCAAAUAAAAAAUAUUUUUCCGGCAAUUUUAAUUUUUAUUCACCGUGGCUCUUCAAAUACUUCUAUUAUGUCUCCUACUAAUUAUCCUGCUAUUUGUGACUUUAGUUGUCUUUACUUACGUUUUCUCUACAGAAAUGCCCAGUCUAAGGAUGAUACGUAGGACUUUUACCAGAGAUAUUAAAGCUGUCAGAUUGUAUGCGUUGUUCCUUUUCUUUCUUAAAAAAUGUCAUUUGCUUAAUCAGUCGGUGGCCGAUCUUUUUACAAACACCGCCAAGAAAUACGGUAAUAAAGUGUGCUUCAUCUACGAGGAUCAAGAAUGGACAUUCAGGGAUGUGGAUGAAUUCAGCAAUAAAGUAGCCAAUUGCUUUUUAAUGAAUGGUUAUAAGAAAGGGGACGAGGUUGCCCUUAUCAUGGAAAAUUGCCCGGAGUUUAUUUGCUUUUGGCUUGGAAUGGCCAAAAUUGGCGUGGUCACAGCGCUCAUCAAUACAAAUGUGCGAGAAGACGCUUUGGGACAUUCCAUCAACAUAUUAGAUGCAAAGGCUGUUAUAUUUGGGAAAAAUAUGUCUCAUGCUCUUGAGGGAGCGAUUCCAUUUAUAAAUAAGAGGGAAACAAUAGAAUAUUAUUAUUAUUCUGAAAAAGGUAAAAUCGACACUACAACAUUCCCAGCCGCCAAAUCUCUGAACACUUUACUCGAUGAUGCUUCCUCAGCACACAUUGAUUUGGGAGACAAGAAACCCGGCUUUACAGACAAAUUACUCUACAUCUAUACAUCGGGAACCACUGGUUUGCCUAAAGCUGCCAUAAUAAGGAAUAGUAGGUUUUUAUGGAUGUGCGUUGCUGCGAGAUACAUGGUUCAAAUCCCGGGCUUUGAGAUUUUUUACAAUCCUCUUCCACUUUACCACUCUUCGGGGGGUAUUAUUUUUGUAGGAUACAUUUUGGUUUUUGGCAGCACAAUGGUUAUCCGCAAGAAGUUCUCGGCCUCAAAUUUUUGGAAGGAUUGCAUCAAGUAUAAAGCAACUGCGACCCAAUACAUCGGCGAAAUAUGCAGAUACCUUCUGAAUCAACCGAAGACUCCAGAAGAGACGCAACACUCGGUGAAAGUUUUGAUGGGAAAUGGACUUAAACCACACAUUUGGACAGAGUUUCAAGAUAGAUUCAAAAUCGAACGAAUCGUCGAAUUUUAUGGUUCAACAGAAGGAAAUGCUAAUUUAAUUAACAUAUUUGGUAAAGUUGGAAAAGUUGGAUUCGUAUCUAGAGUUGCGGAUAGGGUUUAUCCAAUCUAUUUGAUGAAAGUGAAUCCGGAAACUGGAGACAUUCUCAGAGAUGAAAACGGACUUUGUAUACGAUGUAAACCAGGAGAACCUGGAGAAUUGGUGGCCAGAAUCAGACGUGGCACUCCAUUGAAUUCAUUCGAUGGUUAUGCCAAUCCAAAUGAUACCAAAAAAAAGAUAGCAAGAAAUUGUUUCAGACAUGGAGACACUGCGUUCCUUUCUGGUGAUAUUCUAGUGAUGGACGAAGACGGUUAUUUCUCAUUCAUGGAUCGAACAGGUGACACAUUCAGAUGGAAAGGAGAGAAUGUUUCAACGGGUGAAGUAGAAAACAUUGUCAGCAAAGUUCUCAGUCAUGCAGCAGUUGUUGUUUACGGUGUGGAAGUUCCAAAUGUAGAAGGUCGAGCUGGAAUGGCUGCUAUACAAAUGGAUGUAAAUGAUCUUAAUUUUAGUAAUUUAUAUGAAAAUAUCAUCAAAAAACUGCCCAGCUACGCAAUCCCUUUCUUCAUUCGAGUUACUGACAUCGACACUACUGGCACUUACAAACUGAGGAAAGUGACUCUCCAAAAACAAGGAUUCAAUCCAGAAGAUAUAUCAGAUCCUCUAUUUUUCGUCAAUCACAAACAGAAGACUUAUGUUCCACUGACCAAAGAAUUAUAUUCAGAAAUUGCAACUGGAGUUGUCAAACUGUGAUUCACAUUCUCUUCAUAUCUUCCACUUAAAAUAAAUUAUGUCUCAGGCAUUUACUCCCAUCAUUGAAAUAUAAAAAUCAUUUUUUGUGCACGAUGGAAAUGCUCUUGUUUCAUGUGGCUAUAAAAUACAUAGUAUAAAAUUAACGAUUUUACAGUCCUGGGUGGGCCACACACAAAGAAAGGGGAACGAAAAGCAAGAGGUUUCCAUUACCGGGCGCACAUCAUUUCUGCGCAUCCUAAUGAAAACGCCUCUCCUAUGUCACUUGAUUCCCUCUCGUUUCCUCAGUGUGUGGCCUGCUCAGGGAAUAAAAAUAAUUUUUAUUCCUGUUCUGGCGAUUGUUUCUUCUUUAAUUGUUUACAUUUUCAUAUUGCUCAUCGUCAUAAUUCUAUUUUUAUAUGUUGCUAAAUAAAUAAAUUUAUUUAUCUUUCAUAACCAAAGAUAUUAUGGAAUGGUA